AUGUCCGACACCGAAGACGCCUGUGCCAUCGACAACAGCGACACCCACCACCGCCUCCGCAUCGGCGCUAUCUUCAUCAUCCUCGUUACCUCCCUCAUCGGCACCCUCCUCCCCAUCGUCCUCCGUCGCAGCAGCCUCGUCCCCAGGCCCGUAUUUGACUUUGCAAAGUACUUUGGUUCGGGUGUCAUCAUAGCAACCGCCUUCAUACAUCUGCUAGCACCAGCAUGGGACGAACUCACCUCCGAGUGUCUGUCGGGCGCUUGGCAAGAUUAUGACUGGGCGCCGGCAAUCUGCAUGGCUGCAGUGUACUUCAUCUUUUUCGCCGAGGUUGCCGCGUAUCGACUAGGUAGUGCGCGUCUCGAGAGGCUCGGCGUCGAGUACAGCUCGCAUACUCAUGACGAGACUGACGCUCAUGCCCACGACCACGCCCACGACCCUCCUCUCGACGUCGACACUACCGUCCCUGCUCCUGCACACCACAUCCACCCUACCAACUCUCGCGUCACUUCUGGCGACCACGGCCACAGUCAUAGCUACAGUCAUAGCCACAGUCAUAGCCACAGCCAUAGCCAUGGGCCUUUGAGCGAGAAGGAAAAGGAUCUCGAGAGCGCCUCUUCCUCCGAGACGGACUCUGUCAACCAACUGCCUUCGCCUGCUGAAGCAGCUGCCCAGCUCAUCGCUGUCGCCGUCCUCGAAUUCGGUGUCGUCCUCCACUCCGUAAUCAUCGGCCUCACCCUCGCCGUCGACGAAGCAUUCAUCACCCUCUUUGUCGUCAUCAUCUUUCACCAAAUGUUUGAAGGCCUCGGUCUCGGCUCCCGUCUCGCCGUCCUCUCCCUCCCCGACAAGCUCUCCUGGGCCCGAUACGCCGCUGCCGUCUUUUACUCCAUCUGUACCCCCAUCGGCGUCGCCAUCGGCCUCGGCGUCCGCUCGACGUACAACGGCAACGGCGCGAAAGCCAACAUCAUCUCUGGUGUCCUCGACGCCACUUCCGCCGGCAUCUUGCUCUACACGGGUCUGGUGGAGCUGAUAGCGCACGAGGUGCUGUUGAACCCGAGGAUGAUGAAGAGCAGUACGGGCAAGUUGACGUACAUCUUUUGCUGUAUGCUCUUGGGCUCCGGGUUGAUGGCGCUUCUUGGGCGAUGGGCGUAG